UGCAUGUCGAUUAAGACGCGCCCGGACUUCAACUUCAACUUCAGCGAGGCUGGCUGCCCGCGGCGGCGUCAAACACCAACCACGCUAGCGCUGUUAGCCGGCAUGCUAGUUCGGCAGGUGACAGGAUUGCAUCAGCGUGUGGGACAAACGGAUUUUUUAGAGAAAAGUUAGAUAAGCAGUAGUAAAAAUCAGGACAUGAACAUUUAGCUCAUGUCCUCAACGCCUGUGGUCUGCGAGCGGAACCGCGAAUGUUCUAGAAAGCCGGUUCUCCAGGUCGGAGCUCCAACAGGUUAAACACUUAUUUGUUUUGGUGUUUUUGUCCAGAUCAGUCUGAGCUUGAAGCUCCAAACUGCUUUAGGAUGCUCACAGCACCAAAACACCCCCUAACCGUCUUCACCGUCUUCGGUCCUGAAUAGUGGACUAGCUGGUUAACUCAGGUAAAGUGUUGCUGCAUCAGAGACCACAACGGCCAGAAAGGAGAGUGAAGUGAGGGAGUUUAGUUCUUCCUCUCCACAACGUCCACCUGCAGCUUCAUCGUCUUUACCCAUCAUGGAGGUCUUGAUGGCUCACCCUGCUCUGAAGGCGUUUAUGUGUGGUUCACUCAGUGGAACCUGUUCUACUCUACUGUUCCAGCCUCUGGACCUGGUAAAGACUCGCCUGCAGACUCUGCAGAACAGCCUCAGUCCAGGGUCUCCUAAGGUGGGGAUGCUAAGUGUGUUCAUCACGGUGGUCCGUACAGAGAAACUGUUCGGUCUGUGGAAGGGUGUGUCUCCGUCGUUUAUGCGCUGUAUUCCAGGUGUGGGUAUUUAUUUCAGUACAUUUUAUUCGCUGAAGCAGCACUUUUUUGAGGACCGAGCCCCAAACGCAGGCGAGGCAGUGCUGCUGGGCGCUGGGGCACGCUGCGUGGCUGGAGUCGCCAUGCUGCCCGUCACUGUCAUCAAAACCCGAUUUGAGAGCGGGCGGUAUAACUAUGUGAGUGUUUUCGGGGCUCUGAGGAGUGUGUGUCAGACGGAGGGUCCACGGGCGCUCUACUCUGGCCUGACCGCCACGCUGCUCAGAGAUGCUCCUUUCUCUGGAAUCUAUGUCAUGUUCUACAGCCAGGCUAAACGGGUUCUGCCACACGAGAUCAGCUCGUCAGGCCUGGCCCCGGUGGUGAAUUUUGGCUGUGGGGUGUUGGCAGGAAUCUUGGCGUCGUUUGUCACGCAGCCGGCUGAUGUGGUGAAAACUCACAUGCAGGUGAGCCCAGCGCUGUACCGCCGGACCAGCGACGCCAUCCGCUUUGUUUACUCCGAGCAUGGUCUUGGGGGCUUUUUUCGAGGAGCCGUUCCUCGGUCAUUGAGGAGGACGCUGAUGGCGGCUAUGGCCUGGACAGUCUACGAACAGCUCAUGGCGCGGAUGGGGCUCAAAUCCUGAGAGUGGUUGUGUGGCGUGUUUAUCUGCGCUGAGAGCUCUUUUUGUAAGAGACAUGAAUGCAGUUGACACUUCAGGAGGAAUCGAAGGAAAUGUCUAUGUGGCGCUGACACUCAUGAGUCUGGCAGCGCGUCUCAGCAGAUACAACACUCCCACCUCCACACACUCCUCUCUUUCUCACACACACACACUCUUAGAUACAACACUGUGUGAAAGUUUUAGAAAGCUGAGAACUGAUCUGAACUCAUUUAUUUUAGGACAAGUUAUUUUGCACAUUUGUUAGCUUUCACUACUGUCUGUUUGCCCCUCACAUCAACAGAAUGUGAAUUUGAAUCUUGGGCAAUUCACCAUUAGAGGGCAGCAGGGAGUUUUGUUUUUAAUUGAGCUUGAGCUGUUUCUGUCGUCUGUUGGGAUAGGAAGUAUCGACAGCUAGAUAUAUAAAAGCUUAUAUCUUAGUUGUAUACAAUAAACAAAAAAGGCAAUUAAAUUAUUUGUUGCAAUUAUUAAAAUGGCAAGUUACAGUCAUGUGAUUGUGGUGGGCCUGUACUAUUUCCAAAGAUCCUUUUGGAAGCCUGAAAUUAUUUGUAGUGGCAGGAACAGACUUGCUUCCCUAAUAAAUAGAUUUAAAGAGUUUUCUUCAGUGUCUAAGACUUUUGCACAGUGAUGUACAUUGCCAUACACAUAAAUACACACAGCCCUCUCACACACACUUAAAACAUGCCCAAAAAACUCCGUUAUAAGUAACUCACUCAGAGAAACACUCCCUGAACAGAACAGAGAACAACGUAACUGUCCUCUCCAGACUCCAUCUACAAAUCAUAGGAACUGUUGUGAGGUUGGACAAGCUGAAAUGAACAACUAAAGCUUGUCCAACCUCACAACAGCUAUGACUUAUGGGCAGAGCCUGGAUUGGGCGAUUAAUAAAACACUCCCCAGGAAAAGAGUGAUACUGACUCCUAGCCUCUACGCUCCGACAAUCAAACGCAGAAGCAGAUCGGAUGUCUAUACAUGCUAACACAGAAUGAACAGCUGUGUGUGGCCGUUUAGCCCCUUUCACACUCAAAUGCCGGGACGUUAACAGGAUGCUUUUAUACCGGUAACGUUUGGGCUUACAUGUGUGCAGUGGUACUUUACCUGAAUGCACACAUUCAUACAUGCUGUGAGAAUCCCAGUGAACUGAAAGUGAUGUCCUCUGUUUGAACAGUCAAUAACUCCCUCAUUUCUGAAAUAUGUACAAAAUUCUUGCACAAAACUGGAAAAAAAAAAAACCACAGCAAUGUUCGGCUUUGCUACCUGUAAUUUAGAUCAUUAAAAUAUUUCCCAUUUCUGUUCACAUGUGAGCCCUCCUGACAGUUUCCUGGGUGUUGCACUGGAUCGUGUGCAGGUAAAUUUGUCCGUCAACUUUACAGGAUUCUGACGGCGGCUCACGUUCACGCUGAAUAUCUUCCCGUUUAAUUAUCGAAAAAUUCCUGAGUAAAGCCCACAUGUGAAAGGGGCUCCUAUUUGUGUGUGCUGGUCUGUCCUGCUCAGCCGAAACCAUCACUGCAAUACACGGCAUGAUACUGACUCGGUCAGAAUACUUUAUUCUGCAUUCUUCCAUAGCUACUGCUGUGAGGUUGGACAAGUUCAAUGGGGAAAACAUCAGCAUAUUUCUCAGAGCAUUGAUUUCCUCAGACUGGUCCUCUGUGACCUUCGAACAGUCCAGAUUUUCGCCCCGACUGAUCUUGCCACGCACACGGAUGGAACAAAAAUGUGUAUCGUCCAGAGGUUCCUGAGGAUCGUGUUGGAGAACAUCUGAUUUGGAGUAAUUAUAGUCAUGCUACAGCAGCCAGCAUUGUAGGCUAUGAUGCUACCUUAGCUACCUUUUCUACCAUUUCUAUUUUCGUUUGUGAUAUUUAUACCGUUAUUACACCAAACGAGUAUUGUUUUCUUGAGAUCUAGAGUUAUUGAUAUCACAGUCUAACAGAUGUUUGUUUUAUCGAGAUAACAUCCAUUAUGUUGUGAUAAUGCAAAAAAUAUCUUGAAAUUUUGAGACAGUUGGUCUCUGAAAAACUGAAAACAGAUAAAUAGCAGUUUAGGCUAGAAUGCUGAGCUAGUUAGACGCACUUGUGAAUCUGUUGAGAGUAACUUCAGCCGAGGUGUAGUAGCUAGCAGGUAGCCUAUAUAACAUUGCUAGCUAGUGAUGUUACUAAAUUAAAGUAACCCUUAAAGUAACUCCAGCCAUGCUGCAGUGUAGACUCGGAUGUGAUUGUAUUAGCAACAUUAAAACAGAUAUGGUGGGUGAAUUUUCUGAUAAUAUAUCAGAUGUUUAUCUCUUUUAAAAAAACCUUGAUUAUAUGCAAAAAGGGUAUUUUGACAAAAACUAUAGUUUCUCCUCAGGAUGGGAUUUGGGGGAUUUUUUUUACCAGCGUUUGAGCUGGUAAAGCUUAUCCCACCUCACAGCAGUGGCUGUGAAAGACAAACACAUGUGGAUGCAACAUGGAGAGGAAAACAGGACUAAAGUGCAGCUCGAACAUGAAACUGGAGUAUACUGUCUGUGUCUAAAUAUCUGACUGUUAAAGUAAUCUGCUCUUUAUGUAAAUAGAGUUUUGGGUUUUCCCGCCAGUCCAGUUCAGUCGUCUUCAUGCUAGCUUCAACCCAUUCAGGAAAAAUACGAUUUCCCAGCUGUGGUACGGAGAAUAAACACACUCCAGCGUUUCCUGAUGUUUAAACGGGUGUUGUUGUACAGUCCCACCUGUAAUGUGAAACUCCAUAGACUAAUCACAGUGGUGACCACAACGACUAAAUGGAGCUACAUUUCAUCACUGCUUUGUGUUUCUCCGCUCGUGGUGUUGGUACCAUUGCCACAGAUACAUGGACAGUGCUGUUCAGCUCUUCGUGGCUGUUAUGAAGCGCCACCGCUAACAUGAAACUCGUGAAGCUAGAUUAAGUUGAGGGUGGCUGUAGAAUUAAAGUGAUAAUUUGGUGAAGAAAAUCAGUUUUAGCCAGUUUCUCCAACUUACUGUAAAUGUAGUCAACCUGCUAACACAUGUUUGGUGCCUGAGGUUUGCCCUGUAGCUUUGUAGCUAAUGUGGCUAACAAUUAUGUAAGCUUAGCACUAGUUAGCAUGGUGCUAAUUGCUGCCAUACCUGAACGCAUGUGGAGUUGUUCACUAAUUUCUAAUAGACUUGGUUAUUCGGACACUUUUCACUGUAAACAUGGACUAAAGCAACUGUUUUUAGCUACGCUAACAGACUUCAGCCAUGUAUAUAUAUACAGACACCACAUCAUACGGCCUGUUAGACGUACUGAGCUACUCCACGUGCUUUGAGGCGAGGGUGUGCGUUAGCGUCAUGGCUCCAGUGCUAAAACUAAAGCACCAAACUGCCGACACCCAACGGGUCAUGGCAGAUCGACCACGUUUGGAGUAAAUGAGAGUAAAUUGGUUGAUUUUGGCAGAGCUGUCAUUUUUAAGAAUGUUUAAAAAUGUUUUGCUUACAUUUAUUAAAACACUGGAGUGACUGCAAAUAUUUAGCGAAAGUCAGAAUGCAGUGCAGUUAUCAGGAGGACGUACGAUGAACAAUAUGAAGCCACACGCUGCGUUUCUGUCUGGGGAGGAAUCGGUGCCAAAUUGAAAAGCAGUUGGUGCCGUGGAAAAAUGAAAUGCCAUGCACACGUGGCGUAGUUGUUCCAUGGUUUUCCACUGUAGUGACUGCUUUUUAAUCUGGCCCAAAUUCCUUGACAUAUUUCUGGUUGUCAGUGUGAUGUUUUAUGUAUAAAUUAAUGUAAAGUGUGUAUAUGAACUGGAUUUAUGGGUUUGGGUUUAAUUGCUCAUCCUAAUCCACCUCAUAGUCUGUGAAAGCACUUUAAUUCAGGAGCGAGGCCUCCAUCCACACUAAAGCUGGUCAGUAUGUGUACGUUUCUCUCUGUGCCAUGACUUGUGCCGUACAGAAUGAAAAUGGACUUUUUUGGCCUUUUCAUGACCAGUAUUGUUCAGUAUUGGUUUAUUUUGUAUUUGUGCAACUGCUAUAGAUAUUAAUAAAUUCUGGAUGUUUUUCGCUCAGAUGAAUGCUGUGCCUAUGUUUAUAUGUGAAUAAAUUUGCCCUGUUUUCAUAAA